ACUCCAGUGCACGUGGACGGUUGUCAGGCCUGAAAGCUGGUGUUAAAAGUGGGGACUACUUUCCUUGCAGGUUGUGAAAUACUACAUAUGACUUCCCCCCUCAAAGUUCAAAGGUUGCAGAAGUUCAGUAAAUGGUCAACAGGGCUGAAAGCCGACCUACAGAGUAUGUUCAUAUCACACAGCUGAGUGCUGCAGACCAGGCCAGUGAUAAAACCUCUGCUUUAACAGAGGUGCUCACGUUUAUUGAUAAUCACUCAAUCCACAGCUGCUCCAGGCUGCUCCUUUGUUUCUCCCUGUGUUGCAACACUUCAGCAUUACAAGUUAGCAGGUUGCCCCUCAUUCCUUGGUGGACCGUUUUUAACCUAUGCACCCAAUCAAAGAAGAUGGAGCAUGUCUCUUUUCCACCACUGUCCAGAGUUGCCAUUUGUGGUGGCACACAUGGAAACGAGUUGACAGGAGUUUACAUUGUGAAGGAGAUGCAGAAACAGAAGGUGGAUAAAAUGGGAUCUGUUUCUAUGACCACUGUCAUGGCAAAUCCACGAGCUGUGGACGUUUGCAGAAGAUACACAGAGACUGAUCUCAACCGGUGUUUUACAGACGCCUUGCUGAGCUCCCCUAUAACAGAUUCAACAACAUAUGAGCUCAGACGAGCUCAGGAGCUGAACGCUCAGCUGGGGCCUAAAGGAAGUGAUGAAGCGGUGGACUUGCUGGUAGAUAUCCACAACACAACUGCCAACAUGGGCAUCUGCCUUAUCUUCUACUCAUUGGACUGGAUCACCUUGCACAUUUACAAGUACAUAAAGGAUAAGAUGACUUCCAUGCCCGUGAGAGCGAUCCAGCUGGACAUACCCCUCUCUGAUGCUUACUCCCUGGAGUCAGUGGGCAAGCAUGGCUUUGCAAUAGAGGUUGGUCCCCAACCCCACGGUGUGCUCAGGGCUGAUAUCUUCAACAUGGUGAAAGAGGCAGUGGAUCACACAAUAGCAUGGCUUCAGGAAUUUAAUUUAGGAUGUACUUUUCAAGAGGGCGAAGUAGAGGCAUACACUUUCGUAAAAAGUGUUGACUACCCAAGAAACUCAUCUGGUGAAAUUACUGCUGCCGUACAUCCUGAAUUGCAGGAUAAUGAUUUCAAGCUCCUGCAGCCAGGGGAUCCUAUGUUCCUGUCAUUUUCUGGGGAGACGGUGGAGCACGAGGGAGAAGCAUUCUACCCUUUCUUUGUGAAUGAAUGUGCUUACUAUGAGAAGAAGAUUGCUUUCCAUUUAGCUCGGAAGACGACAUUCACCUUCCCAUCUAUAUGUGUAAAGAAGGACUGAGAGCACAGAGAACCGGAGUAGGAAGAUGAAAAUAGCACACUGUAUGAGCUCUAAUCAUCACACAUAACCAAAUGUUCAAACUUGAUCAAAAAACCAUCACUGCAGGUUGUAAUAAGACAAAGAGGUCCUGCAAUGCAAUACAGUUGUUCUACAGCAUUACUGCCUCUAUGAGGUGUGAAUUGAAGCUGUUAUUUGUACUUACAUGAUCCUGCUGCAACUUAAAAAAUAAAAGUACAAUUGAUUUGCCUUAUCUAGUAGACCAUAAUUGAAUAUAAGAUAUGGCUCACAUUAACUCCUAAGUUUAUUAAAGCUAAAUCAAUGGAUUUCAGACAAAUGCUUAUUAAAAGCCUUAGAUAUGGUAAAUAAAUAAAAGUCCAAAUUA